AUGAGAUUCUCACUCGAGAUCUUCAUCUUGCUCCCACAGCUUUCCCUCCAUUAUAUAAAAAUAGCACUUACUUACAUUGGCAGAUUUUGGGUAAUUCUGUUUGGAUUCUCUGCCCUAGGAUAUUCUGGGAAAAAAACAAAAGGAAAACUGAGUGACCCAAAGGAGCGUGGGAAGAACAGAUCGAAGGGCAGUCUCGAGAAGAAAGGCAAGUUAAAGAGUGAACCGCGUUCCUUAUUGAAGCAACUUGGUUUGUCAUCCUCCAUUUCUUUGGAUGGGGAGCUUCUGCAGAAUUGGUUGGCCCAGACCGUUCAGGUUAAGACAGAAAAUCUCCUGAGCCAUUGGUCUUUGCACAGCAGAGCAGGAAAUGAAGAGACAACAAGUUUCCUGUCAGAUAAACUUCUGCAUGAUGAGCAGUCAUUACUUAGCAUCGGUUCAGUGAACCGUGCCAGCGAUCCUCAGUCAGAACCAUCUUACGCACUGGAAAAAAAAUCCAGGCACAAAGCAGGGGAAGACAGCAAGCCUAAAUCCCCACGAGAUUGUACAGGCAUCAUUCAUGCCAAGAAUCAACAAAAGAAACAGCUGAACUCUCCACUAGAUUGCACAUCCUGGUGUGAUAACUCCACUGAAUUUUCUACCCAGGGCAGUUACACAAAUGGGUCGAAGGGACCAGGGUCAAAAGCCAAUGGAAGUCACAAAAGGGCCAACGAUGUGCGAAAGACCAGCAAAAAGCAGGCCUCACAUCAUUCCAGUUCUAAGGCAGCUCUCCCCAGUAGAUCCCCAAUAAGGAAUAUCAGUCACAUUGGUGAAAUGUUGGACUACCUUGAACCUGCUUCAUCUAAACCCAGUUCUUCAGUUAAAGUGCCUAAUGCAUCCAUAAACCCUAAAUCUUGGGUAACUUUCAAGAUUCCAAAACCAAGAGAAAGCAGGAAGUCGCAAGUGCAGAAGCAGGAUCUGGGAAACAAAUAUCAGCAGCUAAGCCCAGACAGGGAAAAAAAGCCCAAAGAGUCAUCAAAGAUGAAGCAGCUCUUUGACAACGAGACUGAUGGCUAUUUUUCUGAUGCUGAAAUGAGUGACUCGGACACUGAAUCUAUGGCAAAUACGUCACAAAGGCUUCAGCGCUUGAAUUCAGAAAGCGUACACCGAAAAUGUGGUGGAGAGGUUGUCAGAAGGAGCAUUCUAGCUUCCUGAGUAUCCAGAGUAACUGGAUAAAGAAUAGUCAGGUGGCUCAAUCCCAAUUACAACUCAUGCGCUCAUCUCUGCUGGUCAACUGACCCUCAAAAUGCUUUCUCUGCAAGUUCUGACUUGGUGGUUAAAGAUUCAGUGUCACUGCCUCUCUUCAUUCUCUCCCCUACAGCUGCCAGCCUAACAAGAUCAUCAUGUAGUGAACUUUUAAAAUUCUAGUCAGUAAAAGCCCUUUGAAACAGUAGGUGACUCAACUUGUAAUAAGCCAGCACGCAGUCCAAGUAACUAACUAUGGUAUAUCGCGUGUGGUUAAUACCUUGGUGAUCCAUGAAAUAAUAAUUUCAUGAUUCUAGAGUGCCAGUUAUUUGAUGCCCUAUACCUUCAGGCAUUGUAUCACUGUUUUCUUUAUUCGCUUCCUGUACUGUGCUUCUUCUGUCCAAUUCCUGCAUGACAGUAGGAAGAAUUGAAAAGAAACCAUAAUUAAAAAACAGAUGAAACUAUACACUAUAUUAUAAAGCUAACUAGUUGACAGUAAUUUUAAGGCAGUGAUUCAGUCUUUGAAAGAAUUCUUAAGCCCUUCAAGCUUUAGUCUUGAGAUUUGUGGCAUCAUCCAGAGUUGUUGACUGAAUUGCUGCCUGAUAACUCAGCACCAGCCAUCUGUUAUUGUACACUUAAUGUAGAAACAUUUGCCGAGUUUAGUUUCUGGUUCUGCACUGUCAUAAAGUCACAGGAGGCUAAACAGUCACCCUAUUUACUAUUUUGGGGGUGAGAUCAUUGCUCUAUCCAGGUUGGCAAUCUGUCUGCAUCGUGUUGACACAUUAGCAAUCUGUUGGGAGGCGUCAUACCCCUGUGAUUAAGAUUUUGAAUGAGAACAGCAGAACUACUCUUCGGUGAUGGUGAUGACAACAUGCAAGGAGAAAAAUAAAAAUGACUAGAAUUUUGUGGCAUUCAUCUUCUACUAAAAAUAAAGCACAAAAUGCACUUUUUUGAAGUCUGUCACAACAAAGGAUGUGCUGACUUCAUAGGCCGUACAAGAGUUGCAAGGCAAAAGGGAGGUUUUUUUUGUACUUUUAGAGAUUUUAGGAAGUAGUCAGAUGCUAAAAAGGAAACUACGACAGUAUCAGUUAUAAUGUAUACUGGAGCCUCAUACCCAGUAAUAACAUUUAUAUUGCUCUAGGUAUGUUAUAGACAGUUACACACUAUUAAAAUAUAGAAGUGUAACACCCUACAACUCAUCUGAGUAUAUACCCAGUAACAAUACAUCGGCUUUGAAAUUAUGCUAUUGAGCAUAAAUGUUUGAAAUUCAUCUCUCCACUGUUUUAACAAACAAAUUGGCCUAUUCAUUUUAAACAGGUGAAAACUUCCACUAAAAUAGCGAGAGAAAUUUCGAGCAAACAUGAACAUUCAUACUCAGAUAUCCAAAGGCAUGACUUUUGGGCCCAAAGCAUCAUAUGUUAUUCCCAGCAAAACACAAUGUAUACAUCUAUACAGGAGUGUAAUGGUGAAUUAUUAAGGAAGACUAUGACUUGGCCUGCUUGGCAGUAAUGGUGGUAUCAUGGAGGUAGAAUUGCUGGGGCCCACAUACUGUUCUAACGUAGUGUUUUGUUUAGCAGCCUCAUUAGUGUAUGCAAAAUGGGAUCUUAUGAUGUACUUAGGACCUCAGUACAAUUUGGAGGGCUGGCUCAUUAGAGCAUACUCUACACACAUUCUGCCCAGUUCUGUGUGUUAAAGAGGAAGACACCCCAAAAAUAACAAACUAAUUGUUUUAUAGGACCACGGGAGGCAGGAGUGCUACUCGGGGAUCCACUAGAAUAAUGUGGACCCACUGCCACUUCAGCCAUUUUCAAGAUUCCCCAACCCCCUUCCUUCCAGAUCUGCCAGCCUGUUAACCUCCAAGCUUACUAAUGCAGCGCAGGGUUACACCACGGAUGUUCUAUUUGGGGAAUGCAACUGACUGGCAACAAGGCACUGAGCCCUUCAAUGGACCUUGCCCCCCACCAGCAGAAUGCUGGCUGCAUGUUUUUGUGGCCGAAAUUACGAUCAACCCUGUAUAAGACAUACACAGGUCUGUUAUAUCUCAAUAACACAUUGCUUUACACAAGUGAAUACAGGAUCUAAAACAAUAUGUACUAUAUAUUACAUACAUUCGGGUGUGUUCUGUCCAGUAAUAUGCAGUAUUAUAAUAUAUGCAGGAGUAUUAAACUCCUGUACAACAGUUUGUUGGAUGUAAAAUAAUUUUGUAUUGCAUAAUACCAGGGUGUAUUACUUGGUAAAACGUUUUAAGUAUCAAACUUUCAAAUGCCAUUUUAAUACCAUGUUCAGCGUCAGCACCGAAUGCACUAAUAUAAUUUUAAAGGACUUAUUGGGUAAAUGAAAGCUAAAUCCAAAGGACAAAUCUCAAUAUUCCAAAUUUCUGCCUUUCAAAAGACAACGUACAUAGGUUCCAACACAGAUUUUCAGUAGUAACAUGAACAGGCAGGGGGUUAGACUCCAUAUAGGUAUGCUAAACACACCCAGCUCUACCUCUACACUAUUUCUCUUAGUCCAUCACCUCUGUGCUAUUGGAUUUGUUUGCCUGACAUCAAGCUGUGAAUGAGAUACAAUGUCUGUCAAGUAAACACUUGGAAGUCAACAGUUUUACCAGGCGUGCAUCAUUAUCGUUGAUUUUAAUUUCCUUCCCAGUUGUUUGCUCCAUCAGAAUUUAGCUCUGCAAAAGAUUAGUACAUCUACUGCAAUCACUGCCUCAAUUCCACCUUAUCCUUUUUUUAACCACAAAACUCUUGCCCAACUGAGGGCUUGAUUCCUUUAAUGUCUUCCUCACUGACCUAUUAAACUCGAGCUGAUCUAAAAAUACAACCAUUUAUCCCACAUUGAAAGGUAAAGUUGCCAUAGUCCUACCAAACCAUAAGGCUGCUCUUUCUCAUUAGAGAGAGAGAAAUGACUGAUCACCACACCUCAGGCAAGGAGAGAGGUUGAGAAAGAAAGUCCUUCACAGUAAACUUAUCCGGAGCAGGAAUUGAACCCAUACAGUUGGUAAUAUUCUGAAUUGUAAACUAGCAGUCCAGCCAACUGAGGUAACCAAUUGGAUCUGCACCCACUCCAUUGCAGUUACUUUUCAGCAAGCAUGAUCAAGCCAUGUGAACAAAGCAGUUCAGAGGAAUUUCCCAAUUUCUGUCUCACUUGCCCAUCAUCUUGUCCAUGCUGACCUACAAUGAAUCCAGUCAGCCAGUGUUUAAAAUGUAAAGUCUUGGUGACUUGUCAUCAAUCUUAUUAGGGCCUCACCCAAUUCCAUCUCCUGCAGCUUUAUAUAACCUCCCACACCCUUAAUCUCUCCAAUUUCAGCUUUUUUGAUUAACCUCCUUCAUAUAACCCAUCAUUAGUGCCAAAGCAAUCAGCUAAUUCAGUGUUAUUCUCCAGAACUUCCUCCCUGAUGUGUUACAUUAAACAGAUUAUUCAGUUUUUAGUCAGAUUAAAGUAUUUGUGUUGAAUGAAAGUUCUAGAAAGGUUGCUAUUCGUACCCAAUGAUAUGACGAUUUCAAACUUUAACUGUGACAGUCUUUGAACUUUAUGACCACAAUCAAAUUUGUGGUAAGUUCAAAGAAGGCUUAUCAAAUGACCACUCACACUUUUAUUAUAAGCUAAAAGAUAAUUUUGUUUUUUGGGAAGCUUUUAGUCGCUUAAAAGCAAGUUGGAGACAAGAUAAAGUUUAGUCGCUUAUUCCUUAAACUUGUUAGUCAUUGAGUGUGUUACUAAUGGUUCAGGUUAAUUAUUUUUAAAAUUUUUUUGCUAAUGACAUAUUUACCUUGCACAGAAGGCUUCUGUGACAGGAACUUCUGCUCAACAAUCGGAAGUCCUUACAAAAAGAACUUCCUGCUAACAUUGGUACUUACUGAAAAUGUACAGGACGUGUUGUUAACCAGAGAUAUCUAAACCAAAGUUACAGCAUUUCUGGCCAAUAAGAAACCACUAUGACUGAACCUAAUUUGAGAUGAGGUUUGCUUGUGGGUGUUUUUAAGCACCUGCAGCCUUGUCAUAUGGGCCUAAAGUAGCACAUGACUGUGAUGAUUAAUUCAGAUUCUCAGUGAUCAAAACUUCAACAGACUCUAUUAAAAUGCACAAUUUAGACCAUGCUGUCCAUCCACUGUGAUGCACUAAAUCUCAAGUUAAAUAAGGUCUAUAUAUUCACAAGCCCAGCAAAACUACUUUUUCAUUUUUGCUUUCACUGCCAAGACCGAACAAUUCUGGGUUGGAUCUGCUGCAGCUUAGGGCAUACUCUGGGUUCUCAGUUUUGUGCUGUAUUGAAAUCUUGAGUAUUAUGCCCUUCUAUUCCCCCUGCACCAAUAACUUAUUUAAAAUGGUCUUAAUCCUGGGCCCUUUUCAAAAAUGCAUUUCCAUUAAACUCGCUGGAAAAAAUACAACUUUGAAUUGUGAGAAAUGGUAAAGCCAGGUUCAGUGAACUAACUGUUUAUAUUAAAUUACAGUUGCUAUUUCUUGCCUUGAAGUAACUAUCAACAGUUGUUGACUCUCAUGCAUUGUCUUAGUAUUUACUCUCAUAUGGGUUAGUAUGUUAGAUAGCUGCAUAAUUUCACAGAGUUCUCUCUAAAAUAAUCGGGAUGCUUGUGUUCACAGCCACCAGCUCCUUUCCCUGGUAUAAAUAACUUUGGCUAGGAGGGCAGUGUAAAUUAUGUAUUGGUAUCUGUUUUCUUUAAGGGGUUACUUGUUUGGAAAACUGAGGAGUCUGCACCUGUGUUUUGCUUCAUUAUGUGCCAAAAGUGAAUAGAAAUAUAGUCAGGCUGGAAAAUCCAAGACUGCCCAUUAUAGGAAGCCUCAUCCUCCCACUUUUACUGCUGCCUGGACAUUCCAUUUAGUUUGGGGUGAUUCCUGUGUAACUGUCAUGUGACAUUGUCAAGGCCAUCAGUGAUGUCACAAACAUUCUUCUGUACCAAUGGCAUUACUUCAACAAAAGGCAACUCGUAUUUCAUGGUAAAUUUAUCAUUCUAUCUUAUUGAUACGUCACAUAUGCAUGUCUUUUAACUCGUGAACAUUCACACGUGUUAAAAUGACACCAAAUAAAUGAAAGUUGAGAAAUACAACACAAAAUGUUGGAUUCCCCCAGCAAUUGGCCCAUACCAAGACUAUUGUAAGAAUCUGUUUACAUCAAAACCAGCCGCUUUCACAAUUUGAUAGCAGUGCCCUUGAGCAUGUAUGUCUCACAGGUCUUUGAAUGGCUUUUGUGGUAAACUUUCUAUAUGAUUUGGUAGAGAUUAGGAAAGUUCCAGGUUAGAAUCCCUGGUUUGUGCUGAUCUCAGGCUGAAUAGUAACAGAUGAGAUGCCACUGGCCCGUAGUGUCUCUGAGCAAGAAAAAAAGAAAGAAAAAUACCUACAUGUGUUAUUCCUGACUGCAGUCUGAUGGUUUAAAUAUUGAGUGAGAUUAGAGCUCAGCAGUUUAGCCUACCCUUGUCAAACUACCAUAGUACUCAUGAUACUCUCUGGUCACAUAUGUGAAUUGGCUAUUUGGUCAUGGUGUGGCUUCUGGUAGUUGAUUCCCCAGUACUAGUCACUUUUUUCAGGAGAGGAGGGAGAAGAAAAUUGGGGGAAAGGGCCAUCGCUAUUGUCAGUGACCUUAGCACAUAUCAUUGGUUUGAAAAAAGACUUGCUUCUCCUGCACUAUGUCUGUAAUCAUGCAUGACUUCAGAGAGACACCUGAUGAUGACUAUACAGAGGCAUAUUUAUUGCUGGUAAUUGCAAAGAUUAGCAUUUCUUGGUUUCAGGAUGGACUGGAGUCCCUGAACACCUCAAAAACCAAAGGGAAUUCUGUUAUUGUCACACUAACAAUUAAAUGUAACAAGGGACUGGAAUGUCUCAUUUAUUUUGAUGUGUUAUUUCAUUACAUUACCACUUGAGGCAGUCUCAAAAGAAUGGAACACACAGUGAACCUGGGUCUGCAAACUCCAUCCUCGGCACAUUCUUAUAAAGAGAAGUGCUAAUUCAAGGAAAAUGUAAUUGGGAAUAUUUGUUCCCCUCAAGUCACUCCAACAAUGAAAGUGUUCAAAUUGAAUUCCUUAUUAAAAGUUUAGGAGGAGCCUUCGCUUAGUGAACAGAAAAUGUUUGCCAUUCCCUUUGUAAUCUAUCAGUUCCUCAGCAAUUCCCAUCUAAUGAAUCAUUUUGGAUAUACUGAAGUCAUCAAUCAGUGAGUAUUUAUUUGUGUUGGCCCACACUCAGUAGUGUCUUUAAAACAUAUGUGAUGCAUUUCUUUCGAAAAAGCCAUUUGGUUAAACCAUCAGAAAAGUAAAUGUCACUUUAUUGUAAGCAUAUAAUAUCAGUCCCCAGGAGCCUAGUUUCUCUGCACUAAACACCGCCUGUAUUCCUGAGAGGAAAAUGACCUCCUCCCUGGUUUCUGCUGGUGUCGUUCUGAGUUCAUCACAACUGGAUGCAUGGAAAUGACCCACACAUGACUGGCCCUCUGGUAUUCUCAAUUCAUCUCCUUGGGGAAGACCAUUGGCCUUUUCCCCAAAUAUUCAAUUGUAGAGUGAGCACUUCUGUGUUGCUCGCUGCCGUAGAAUUUUGCAGUGCUCUUCUAAUACCAUUAUGUACCCUAAAUGAUUCUUGUUUUUAUUAGUAACCAUCCAUUAUGUACUUGUCAUUAGAAACAAGUGUAUGAGAGUACAAUCUCAGCCUGUAAAGUGCACACAGCUCACUUUAACUGGUUAUCAUACAGUUGAACUAAUUACUAACUAACCUAUUGAUACUCCACAAUGUUAUUGGGAAAUCCAUAUUAAAUAUGAUUUGUUUUUCUCGUUCAGUGUUAUUCAUGCUCCACUCUGAAUCACAUUAUCUCAUACAAUUGUCAUUCUCCCAACUGCUGCAAUCUGAAACUGUCAUUGGAGAUUACAUAGCUUGUGCUUGUAAACCCAGGAAAACAGUUGGUGGAAAGAAAAAACAUGGUGAUUGUUUUGUGGUAAAAUCACAGGCUAAUUUAUACUCCUGUAGAGUGUAUGUGUACCAGCUGUUAAAUUGUUUAUCAAGCCCUCAACAAUGGUUUUUCACAAAUUGUCCCAAUACAUUUUCCACAGAUCUAUUUGCCCAGGGAGUCCUGCAAGAGUAGAACCAUAAGACAAUAAGAACAGCCUGUUUGUGUCUGAGUUAAAUGGUAUCCAUUGAUUCCUUCCAGUUUUUUUAAGACUUCUGAAUACAUUUUUUUCCAUUAAUCUUUCAUUGUUCUGUACCUUCAACAGAAUAAUUUUUACCUCUUAAGAUAAAGAUUGUAUUUAUUAGUAAAACUUGUAUAAAAUCUUGAUCAAUUUAUCAUGUUAGGUAUUAAGCUCUCCAUUUUUUUAAAAAAUCUAUCGAUCGGUUUGCAGACAAUAAGCCUUGAGUUAAUCAUUUAGAAAGAAAAAACUUUAAAAAUGUGGUGUAGAAGUCAUUCAUCCAUAUCUCUUUGUGGAGUAAAAUUGAUGAAAUGUAUGCAGAGACUGGAAGAAUAAGGUUGGAAGAAUUUCUUUAGUCAAAGAUUGUUUCAUGUUUUAUUAAUUUCUUGUCAGGAUAAGAUAAACAGAGGAUGCAGCUGGAUUUAAUGAAUGAUUUAGGUUUUUGAAAAUCCUACCAUGGGCUUUGAGACUACAAAAAUCUAAUUUAUGGUAUCACUGAAGACAAAGUAGUAGAUUAGUUUGGGAGUAAAUACCUUAACUUUUUAAAAUUGUUCUCUUUAUAAACAUUUAGGAUCUUCCUAACAUUCAAAUUAUACAAUGUAUUUGUAAAUUAAUCAAAACAACUUUUGAAUGUGGCUUUUAUAUGUAGCAAAGCCAUGUUCUAUUAUAAACCCGUUAAUAUGCAUUCACUGUUAGAUGUUACAGGCAGACAAUGUUCUCAUAAGAAAUGAGCACGUUCCAAGUUAACAAUCUGGAUUUCCAUGAUGAGAAAUACAUAAUUCAAUGUAUAUCUGUAGAGACACCUUUAGCAAUAAUGCCCUCCCUCAGCAUACUUCACCACCUUUCCCAUGCAGCCUCCAAUCUAAAAUUGGUAGUGGAGCUCAUGAACAUAUAGAUGGUAUGUAACUAAAAGCCCAAAUCUUUAAAUUUUAAAAGAGAAAAAUGAACGAUGUGUAUUGUGGUCCAAAGGUAAAUUGCUCUCUGCCUGUGAAGGGAGAGUCUUCAUCCAACUAAACAGACGUGAACCAUAUAGUGAGGGGGGAAGUAUGCAGCAGCUUUGGAACUAGUUGGCUGUCAGAUUGUUUGUCUGGGGGAUGGCCUAUCUUGUUGGUGGGCAGGGCUGAGAUGCUGGGGUGGAUGCAGAGACAAAGAGGGUGGGGAAAAGAAACACUUCAAGCGGGGGAGAAAAAAGACUAUAGUGUCUGAUCAGUUGGCAUAGAAUUUGUGCUUAGGACCUAAUGUUUAAAUUAAGCUAGAUCAGAGGAGAGACUGCACAAAGCAAAACUUAGAGCAGCUCAACUGUCCUGUGUGUUUAUCCCAUCCAGCUCAGAUGUAGGCACCAUCUGCUAUUUCUCAAGAUCUUUGAGGUAGGCAGAGUAAAUACAGUGUUUGCAAGAAGUCUAUUUAAUAAGCAUAUGUAAUGCACAGAAUAAUGAACAUUCUAGAACAUAAAUGGAGAGUCAGAAAUUGGGCUGUAAUCGGGGGCAUUAUAUGGUUUGUGUGUAGAGUGAUGAAUUCUGGGAGCAAUUUCUGACCAAUAAUCUAACUGUGAAUCAGAACAGCUGUAUGUGUAUAGUGGUGUAUUAAAAUGAUGGUAUCGUGGCACACUGCCUCUGUUCCAGAAAUACUGGGUUCAAGUCCUGCUUGCCUCAGAGGUGUGUCAUAACAGAUCUGAACAGAUGAAUUAUUUUAAGAUCAAUGACAUGUUAGGAGUGCAUUACAGACCAGAAUCUGAUUCAGUGAUACCUGUUGAUUUCCAUGUUUGAUCAAUCAGUACCUAGGAGGUUAUCAUUGGCUCAGGAGUUUGUUAAUAAGCUGAACAUGUACAACUUUCACCUGACUCCUCUUGAUUAAAUCCUAACCUUGAAGUUAUUCCUGAUCUGUAACUUUUUAGAUUGCACUGUUUUACUUUUAAGAUAUGAGAUCAUUUGUGGAUUUUACUUUUGAACUGAUAAAUCUGAGUGCAGACACUCUCAGUGCAUCAUUGAUGGCAGAUGGUGCUGACAAAUCAGGAUUAUGAAGGUAUUACUGCAUUUUACUGGAAAAUAACUUGCAACUGAUGAAUUCUAAGACCCAUGUAAUAAAUAUGGAAAAAGCAACAAUACUUUAUCAAGAAAGGGUAGCCAAUGUGUCUAACGUUGUAAUUCAUACAAAUUUCCAGUUGUAGGAUACAUAGACUAGUAUAAAUAUUUCACACACAAUCAUUGAUUUGGAGUCAUUGCACAAGCUCAUUGAAUGGUCAGUUAUGACCAAUACUAACAAGUUGAAGAAACUGAUGAAAUUAUAGAUGUUUCAGAAUGGAUAUUCUGUUCCAGUUUCUCAAAAGGAGUCACAUUCAGACUCUGUAGAUUACCUGUGCUUGCUGUAUCAAUGUAAAGGGCAUAUAGAUUCGGUAAUGUAGUAUAAACAGAGAUAUAGACAACAUUUUAAAAAAAAAGCUUUCCAUAUUCAGGUUUUGUUAGACUGUAGCAAUAGUAUGUACCAUAGGAACUCCAGACCUUACUAAACACACUGCCUUUUACCAGUGCUUGUUUCAAUGUGCUUGAACAGUUAACAAUAUAUUCAUAUACGCUGUUUGCUGAUACUGUAUUCCAAUCCUAGACCAUACUGCCUGCUGAGUAGUUUCUUCCGUCAUAUGUACUCAAUACAGAAACUGCAAAAGAAAGGAAUCUCGUCUGUUGUCUGAAUUAAGUUGCUGUCUACGCUGUAUGUAAAAUAUUAAAAUUCAGUGUGAGCUCUUGGAGAGGUCACACAAUUAUGGCAAGCAGGGGGCCUAGUGUAUCUUUUGUUUCAAGGAAAAGCGAUGUGCCAUUUGUUAAUAAAGAGAAUAUGGAGAUGAUAUAUAUAAAGAAGAAAUGCUAUUUUAAAUUAUUUUUGGCUUUUUUUUUGCAAUAUUUAUUUUCUUGUAUUAGAGUACUUAUAAAUCCUUUGUAGAGAAGAAAUGUAUUUUCCAUUAGUGCAAAAGGAAUCGUAUAAACUGCAGACCUAUUAAUCUUUUGUACAUUUUCCAUGUCAGCGACCUUUAAAGCAAUAUGAUGUAUCAGAAGUUGUGUACUUUGUGUAACUCCAUUGCUGUUAAUGUUGACUUGGAAUUGCUAAGUUCUCUAAUUGUCCAAUUUUUGGUCUCAGUUGGGGCAUAAAUUGCAGUUCAGAGUCUUGAGAGAGAGAGAGAGAGACAGACCCUCGAAAGAGACAGAAACAUCUUGUACAAAGGGAGACUGUGCAGAGAGGGACUUAUACACAAAGAGAAAGAAAUCGCUGAUUAAUGAGUUUGAUAACUUGGCAUUUGUCAGAUCAUUGGCAGCAUACAAUCAAUAAAGCAGUGUUUUACAAGUAAA